AUGGCAGAUGUGUUGAAGAGUCUUAACCUCCUGGAGAUCCUUAAAGAGUCUAUUGAGAAGAACAACAUAUCAGACCUAAAGGAUGCUGUUGAAGACCUGUUGAUAAGUCGUAUCAAUAUUGCAAUCACUGGGGACAGAGGGACAGAGAAAGCAGCAUUUAUUAACUCCCUCAGGGGGCUUGGUGUUGGUGAUAAAGGGGCAGCUCUCUGUCCAUCCACUGCAGCCCCAGAAGAACUGGCUGUAUUCCCAAAUCCCAAGCAUCCAGAUUUCCGUCUGUGGGAUUUGCCUAUGAUCUCCAAUGAUGACUCCUUUGACCCUGAGAAUUAUAUUGAACGCUAUAAAAUCCCACGGUAUAACAUUGUGAUCAUGACCUAUACUCAAAAUCCUAGUCCAACCACUGUGGCUGUCUGGAGAGAGGCACGUUCACUGCAGAAAGAAGCUUUGUACUUUGCUUUAUUGGCAACUGAGAAUGACACUGAGAAAAGCCUGGAGGCCAAAAGACAAGCUAGCCUGGAGGCCUUGAAAGCUGAAGGAGUGGCUUUGCCAAAAGUCUUCCUUGUGCAUCCCUUUGCUUUGGAAAAGCUGGACUUCCUAAAGCUCUUAGAGGUAAUGCAGGGUGACCUUCCAGACAUAAGGGCCUAUGCCCUUCUGCUGGCAUUGCCUACCUUCUCCACUAAAAUAGUGGCCAAGAAAAAGGAUGCCUUCAAGGCCCUGGGGUGGGCUGCAGCCUCACUUUCUGGUGGGAUUUCUGCUAUUCCUGUACCUAUGGUGGCAUCCAUGGUGGAUGUGAGUGUUGCUGUACGGAUCUUAACAAAGGCCCAGCUGUCUCUCUGCCUGGAUGAUGAGUCUGUGGAGAGACUUGCAUGGCAACGGGGCAUUGACUCUGCCAAGCUCAAGGCAAUGCGGACAUGUAUCCUGUCAGUGGAGGUCAGCAAGAGCGAAGUGAAAAAGCGGCUUGCAGCAGCUGAGAAGGACACCAUCACAGCCACAAAGAGACUGAUGGAACUGGCCAUGCCACGGCAAGCCAGAGCUGUAAGUCACUCCUUUACUGUCAUGCUGCAAACCAUCAAUUCUGCCAUUGAUGACAUGAGUGCUGAUGCUGAGAAGAUUGUAGUUUUGGCAACAGGGGAGUCAUGA